AUGGCUUCCAAGCAGAUGCUCCUGCUCGCCGUCGCCGUCGCCGUCGCCGUCGCGUUCCUCCCAGCGCUCGACGCCGCCACGGAGCACUGGGUGGGCGACGACAAGGGCUGGACGCUCGGCUUCAACUACACCGCAUGGGCCCAGAGCAAGCAGUUCAAGGUCGGCGACACGCUAGUGUUCAAGUACAACAAACCCAGCCACACCGUGGUGGAGGUCAGCGGCGCCGACUUCGCGGCGUGCAGCACGCCGGAGGCCGCCAAGGUGAUGGCCACCGGCCGGGAUCAGGUCGCGCUCGACAGCCCCGGCCGGCGGUGGUUCGUCUGCAGCGUCGGCGCGCACUGCCUCAACGGCAUGAAGGUCAGGAUCGACGUCCUCGCCGCUGACGACAACGCCGUGUCUCCGGUGGCUCCGCCGCCGUCCGGCCACGCGUCCAACGUCCAGGCGCGCCUCGCGCAGGCCGUGCUCGCUGUCGCGGCCCUGCUCGUGCUCUAG